AAUAAAGGGAGGCAGGAGCUGCACUUUGCCGACGAGCAUCUCUGCCGUCCUGCUAGACUACAGUAAUCACUGCCCCCGGAUCUGCGAAAAUACACAGGGACUUCUCUGGAAAAAGGCAGAGUUCAUCAAUGUAACUCCGGUCAGUCCGAAACUGCGCCGUUUACCUGGAUAAGUCCAUCCCGAGGACAAGAGACAGACAGAAAGAAAGAAAGAGAAAGACAGAGACAGACGCGAGUGGAGUGUCGACGUGAAAUUGUGAAGGAAAAGAGAAGAAUAUGAUUGUCAAGCUGCACUUGAUCUUCAUCCUUUACAGCCUCUGUGCAAGCAUCUUUAAAGUGGCUGGGACAAAAAGCAAAGCGAAAGGUAGCCAAGGUCAGUUCCCCAUAACUCAGAAUGUGACGGUGGUGGAGGGGGGCACAGCCAACAUGACCUGUCGUGUGGAUUACAAUGAUAACACUUCCCUCCAGUGGUCAAACCCUGCACAACAGACCCUAUUCUUUGGGGACAAGAAAGCUCUAAGGGACCACAGAAUCGAGCUGGUGCGAGCGUCAUCGCAGGAGCUCACCAUCAGAAUCGGUGACGUCAGCCUGUCAGAUGAAGGCCUGUACACCUGCUCACUCUUCACCAUGCCUGUCAAGACCACCAAGGCCUUUCUCACUGUUCUGGGAGUGCCAGGACGACCUGAGAUCACAGGAUUCACCAAGCCUGCCAUGGAGGGGGAUGUUAUCACCCUGACGUGCACCACACCGGGCAGCAAACCAGCUGCCAAUAUCCGGUGGUUCAGAAAUGACAAGGAGGUCCAAGGCACUAAAGAGGUGAAUGCCACAGGAAAAUCAUUCACAGUGAAGAGUAGCCUCCAGUUCGAGGUGGACAGACGGGAUGAUGGCGUCGCCUACACCUGCAGCGUGGAACAUGUGUCUCUGUCGAACCCUUACAUGACAACUGAGGUCCUGGAGGUCCACUAUGCUCCCCAUCUGGAGAUCACACAUUCACUGAUUAUUCCACAGGAAGGGCAAUACUUCAAAUUGGAGUGUGUUUCCAUAGGCAACCCAAUACCUGAACCAGUGCUGUGGUCUAAAGAUGGAGGAGAGCUGCCAGAUAUCGAGCGCAUGAUUGUGGAGGGCAGGGAACUAACCAUCACCACACUAAAUAAAACAGACAAUGGCACAUACCGCUGCGAGGCCAGCAACCACCUGGGGACCAGCAGUGCUGAAUAUAUACUGUUUGUAUAUGCCAAAGACUUUCCAGGGCCUACAACAGAUCCUAAUGCUUUAGGACAACAUGGACCUGACCAUGCUUUAAUCGGCGGUGUUGUUGCAGUCGUGGUCUUCAUCACCUUGUGUUUGAUAAUAGUUCUUGGGCGGUAUCUGGCCAGACAUAAAGGGACGUAUCUAACACACGAGGCCAAAGGAGCAGAAGAUGCCCCCGACGCAGACACAGCCAUCAUCAAUGCUGAAGGAAACCAUGUGCAUGCAGAGGAGAAGAAAGAGUACUUCAUUUAGACUUCUUUUACUCUUUUCCUUCGUUUCAUGACAAAUUUUGACAGCAGACAUGCAAUUUUAAGCUGCCUCAGCGUCACAACCUGAUCUGUUUUACUUUACUUAUUAUUCCUUUGUCUUUUCCAGAAAGCUCAUGCUUGGAUAUGCUUGUUUUUGAAGCAUUUGCUGACAAUACAGCCUUCUCCUUUUGUAAUCAAUGUAAACCAUGUACAACUGGAUUAUUUCCCAUUUCAGUUUUACGGUGCCUAGAUGCUGUAUAUUUUUCUGCAUUUCUUUGAUCGCUUGCAUUAACUUUUUUUUCUCUACUCUCUUACUUUAACUGUUAUACAACUUUUGCAGAUUUUUUAAAACUGAAUCGACAAGAAAUGUGCUCAAGUUAAGUUUUAGCUUUUCAAAACGGUUUCCUUAAAGAGCAGAAUAUUAAAUACAUCAAUUUAUCAAACAUUAAACAGGAUUUAACAGUGGUUUUGGAUGUUGCCUGGAGCUUACCCCACCACAGCCAUACUGCAUACAUUAAAAAGAAUUAUAAAACCGACCAGACACUGACAAAACAAAACAUAGAAGCACAAUCUAUGUGAUUGUCUGUAGAUGAGAUCAAUUUCCUCUUAGCACUGUCUGUAUAUUACUGCAUUGAUUUAGUUUCAGUUUUCGCUCAUGCUGUUGAUUUGUACCAACAGAGAACAAGUUAGAAAAUAAAAGCACAAAGUCUGAGGACUAACAUUGAGGGAAAACACAUAUACUGUUUCUUGUCUCAGGAUUCAAUAAUGAGUCUAGAUGGAGAGAUGGUGUCAGACAUGUGAUGAAGAUUUCAGUACACUUGCAGUUAUCAUCAUCGAUGACAAACUUUAAUUUUUGUUAGCAAUUUGAUGUAAGAUCCAAACUGAAUGAGUGGAACCUUGUGGGGGUUCAUUAUUUAUGUUGAAUUUUAUUGAACAACUAUGCUCAAUGUGUGGAUAUUGCUGUAAAAUACUUUGCUAACGUGAAUAUUGGUGAACAAUAUUGUUGAAUCUUGGGAUCCCUGACAUAUUACAAUUUGUAUAUUAGCAUAUACUGUAUUUAAAGUAUUCCACAAGUCUUAAUUUUAUUUCCAUUUAUCUAAAAAAAAUUGGUUAUUUUGCCCGAAGGCAUGUAAAUAAUGUGUAAGUAUUAAAUUUUAGUAAAAGAUUAAACGCCUGUUAUAGCUUUUAAUUUCAGCUCUUAUCAGUUCCCAUCACUUUGAUGAGAUUCUGUUCACAUUUUUGAAGAUUUUAUUUAGAACGGGGAUUCUAAUGAAUUGCUUAAAAUGUAAAAACAAAAAACAAAAAAACACAAUUCUGGUCAAAAUAUAUGUAUUUAUUAUUAUGAUUGAUUGACAUUUAUUAUAUAAUACUAUAUUGAUUGAUAUUAUUGCUGUUAUUACUAAAGUAGUUGUCUGACAUUAACUUUUCCAUUUUCUAAUUCUGUAACUUAUCAUAAAAAACAAUACAAGGAUCACCGUUAUGGCCUUUGAGUUUGCUGCAAACAGUACUAAUGACAUGUUGAGGCAUUGGUGAAUCAGACAUGCCCUCACUGUAUAUAGUCACUGUAUCAAAGACAUUGAACCACAUUGCCAAUGCUCAUACAUGUUAUUUUGUUAGUCCAGUAUAAUGCUAUAAAUAACUCAUUUUGUACAAAGUUUUAAUCGCUGUAAUUAAUUUGCUUUUUAUGGGGGAUGUGUGAGGUUUGCUUUUUUCUCAGUAUUGAAUAUUCAUUUUUCAACUA